GAAGUACGCUGACGUAUGGGGAAGUAAAAAACGGAAAACAGCGCGCUUGUUUGAAAUGGAAAAGGCGUCUCGGUAGCUAUUGACAACAGUGUGAUUCACUCAGAAAGUGUACAUUUCGUCUCGCAAAAUGUUGUAGACAGCAAUACAUACCCUAUAUGCACGGAUAAAUAUACAGUUGUCCUUCAGGAUACGUAUGCUUGCUGUCUACAAUGAUGCUGUUCAAUGCAUGGACUUUUGACAUGUAACGUUAUCGUUCAACUUAGCCAGCUGCUAACGUUAGCUCUUUCUACUUUGCUUUGUAACGUUAGCUACUCUCUCCGACCGAGAAAGUUGUCAACACCCAAGCUCUAUGAUGGCUACUAGAGACAGCAGUCGCAUCAUGCUGCUGAAGGAAGAAGUGAGGAGUUUGUCUGAGGAGUUAGUGCAAUGCCAGGCUGACAAGGAGUUUGUGUGGUCCCUAUGGAAACGCCUCCAAGUAGCCAAUCCGGACCUGACCCAGGCCGUCAGCCUAGUGGUCGAACGAGAGAAAUGGAAAGCUGAAGCCAAGGACCGCAAGGUGCUGGAGAUCCUGCAGGCCAAAGACUACAAGAUCCAGGAGCUGGACCAGAGAGUGACAGGGCAGCAGCAGGAGAUCACCAACCUGGUCCAGAGGAAGAUGGCUGUGGACGAGGACAGAGGCCUAGUGAAGAAGGAGUUGGCAGCUCUGCGCCGCAAGCUGGGGAAUAAGAGUCAAGAACUUAAGGAUGUGAAGGAGGAGAGGGGGAGGAGAGAAGAGGCCCUGGAGGAGGAGAAGGAGGCAUUAGAGUCCUGCUGCUCUGCCCUGCGAGGCGACCUGGAGCAGGCACAGAGGCAGGAGAGGAGGCACGGAGAGGAGAAGGAGGCAUUAGAGUCCUGCUGCUCUGCCCUGCGAGGCGACCUGGAGCAGGCACAGAGGCAGGAGAGGAGACACGGAGAGGAGAGAGACUCCGCGGAUGCCAAAGUCAAGGAGAUGGAGGGUGAUCUGAGCGAUGCCCAGCGGCAGGUGGCAGACCUUCAGGGCCAGUGCAGCAGCCUGGCAGACCUCCUCUCCUCCAGGCAGAAGGAGGUGGCACAGAGGGACCAACACGUCACCCAACUCAGGCGUGAGCUGCAGGAGGUGCAGGCCCUGUACAGACAGAGUAGUGAACAUGCUGCAGAGCAGGCCCAGCUCAUCCAGCAGCUAGAAGGACUCAACCUGGACACACAGAGAGUCUUACGCAACCAGGAAGAGGCUCACACUGCAGACACCACCUCUUAUCAGAAGCUCUACAACGAGCUGAGCAUAUGUUACCAGGCGCUCAAAUCCAACGAGGGCCGGCUCCGCCAGAGUCACGUCGCCCUGACAACCCAGCUGGGCCAGAAGGAACAGCAGAUUGUGCAGCUCCAAGGCCAGCUACAGCAACAACAACAACAGCAGACACACAACCAGCAGCAGCUUCCACAGACCAUGGCCCCAGCCGGUCCCCCAGCCAGGCAGACCAACUCUAAACACUUUGAGGAGCAGACUCUGUAUGACUCUCCAGAUCAGGAACCCAGUGGAGAGGAGGCCCCACCCUCAAUCUGUAGCCCGGUCCCACAGGAGCCCCCGGGGCCCCCAGACACAUCGCUGGCCCUCAGCCCCACCAGGGGCCAACACACUGGGAGACGGCAGAGUGCACCGGUGCAGCUGUCCAGGUCGUUGUCCCCGGCGAGCAGCGUGGAGUCAGGAAGAGGAGUGGAAAAGAGGAUUCAUGACCUGGAGGAGCUGCUCAGACUGAAGACGGACGAGAACGAGGAGUUGCGGAGGGCCCAUGAGAAACGCCACGAGCGCCUGCGUCUCGUCCAGACCAACUACCGGACGGUCAAAGACCAGCUCCGAGAGGUGGAGGACGCACAGGGCCUGCCCAGGGGCAGGGCCCAGCAGCGGGCAGAGCCGUGGCAGCUCCGCCAGGAGAACAGCGAUGCGGUGUGGAACGAGCUGGCCUACUUCAAACACCUCAACAAGAAGCUCACUACACACAAGACUAACCUAGAGGAGGAGCUGGAUGUGUUGCGUGUCCAGACUGCUAUGGACCGGGCCACUGUACAGGAGCUGAGGCUGUGUCUUCAGAACGAACAACAAGAGCUUCUUCACAAAGUGGCCGCUGAUCCGGAGGUCAAGAACAGCACUCCCAAAAAGCCCUCUGCCGAGAGAGUGGAGCAGUCGCUGAAGAAGAUAGAACAGUUGGAGAGGAGGGCGGUGUCCAUGGAGCAGGAGACCGAGAGGCUGAGGGAGGACAACCAGCACCUCCAGGAGGCCAACACAGCUCUAACCCAGGACAAGGAGCACCUCCAGGGCUCCCUGGCCCGCCUCCGCACCCAUGGGGCUGCUCGCGACGAGGCGGCCCAUGCCCAGGCACUCGCCCAGGGGGAGAGACACCGCACCGAGGCCCUGGCCCUGGAGACCCAGCUGGAGGGGGCCAGGAAGGAAGCCGGACGCACCCGGCAGCAGCUGCUCCGGCUCAGGCAGGAGCUGGGCAUCCUGAGGGCGGCCCGGGACUUCAACAGGAGGCAGAGAGGACCCAAGGCUAACAUGCUAACAGGGCUGGCCGCAACAGCCACAGCAGGAGGAGGAAUAAGUGGAGGGGCAUUAGCAAACAACAAGGUCAAAUUCAAAACAGGCAUGCGGCCCAGAGGCCCGGCGCGGCUGCACCGCCACCGAGCGGUUGGCCCCAAUCAAGCCAUCGGAGGAGGAGGCCCUGCUAUCCCUGCUAGGGACGACUGGGAGGACAUAAGCGCGGACAGUGGAGAGGAGUACUCUGACAGCCUGGACAGUCACCCAAUCAAGUCACACAGGUACGCAGCAGCCUCAGAACAGCCAGCGGAAGAAUUCUCCAGAACACAGCCCGAUGUUCCGAACCAAGGAUAUAAACAGAGGGAGCCGGGGGAGGAAGGAGGGAAGAGACGAAGUGAGAGAAAGAGGAGGAAGGCCCAAAGGUGCGGCUGCUGUGCCCCCGCCUCACUGCGCGGGCGCGUUCUGGCGCUCCAGCGCCAUCUCGCCGUUCUACAGACCGCCCGGUGUGAUGCCCAGCGCUCCUCCCAGGAGCUGCGAGACGCCAACGAGAAGAUCACGUCGCAGCUCGCCCAGAGACUGAACGUCAGCAAGCAGUUAUCACAGAAGCUGACCUCUGACCUGGCGGGUGUAGAGCAGCAGAAGAAGGUGCUGGAGAUGGAGCUGGAGCAGUGGAGGCAGAUCCACAGGACCAACACCCCCCAGCAGCUCCCCUCUACCGCCCCCCAGCCCCUGGAGACCCCCAGCCCUCCUGUCCUUAAAGCCCUGGAGGCGGAGGUCAAACAUCUCCACACUAAACUGAAGAGCUCCAAGGCGGAGGUGACGAGCCACACAUCGGCUAACAAAGCCCUGCGAGCCCAGCUGCUGGAGAGAGAGGAGAAGCUCAGAGAACUGCAGGAGAAUGUGUACAGCGAUCACAGUGGCGUUGUGUGUGUGACCAAAGCGCGGGCAGAUCACAGCCGAGACAGAGCGAAGAUCCCUCAGCCGGUUUCCACGACAACGUCCCUCACAUCCAUUGGUCCCUUCUUCUUCUUCUAUCGCCAUGGCGCUACCCUAGCACCUCGCCACAUCCUCGACGGGGUGUGCUUCUCUCAGAAUGAAAGACAUGUCUCUACCAGACGUCUCUGAAAUAUACAUCUCAGUACACACCAAGGGGCCAGGCAGGCUGCUCCU